AAUGAAUUUAUCUCAAUAUAUGUGUGUGUCUAGAUUAAAGCUUAAUUUUUUCACACAUUAAUUUAACAUAUUAUCAUUGAUCAUUAAUGAUAACAUGAACAAUGACUUAUGGGCGAGAGAAGAAAAAAAGAAAAUUCCUUGCUUGACCUAUUUCUUUUUUCUUUCCUCUCUCUCUCUCUCUCACAUGUUCAGUUGAUAUACAGAGUAGACGAACAUACAUUCACAUGUAAGGUAUGUUGUCAUAUGAUAUGUUGUUUGUAUUUUAAAUAUAUUUCUUUUUUUUAUUUGAAGGAAUUACAUAUUUUGUUUCACCGAUUCUGCUUGUUCAAAUCAGCGAUACCUAUCAUUGAAUUGAGGGUGGGUGUGGGUGUGGGUGUGUAAGUAUGGAUGUUUGAACAGAGAUGCCCACACCCACCCCCACCCCCACCCCCACACCACACACCCACCCACACCCACACCCUCAUAUAUCAUAGAAAAAUAGAGUAUUAUUUUUACUAUUUCUGCAUAUAAAAAAAGAGUCUUCUAAAGCUUACUAUACGAUAUUAAAGCAUUACUGUCACUUUUUUGAGCUGCUGUCAGUAUAACAUAUUUUUUGUUUUAUUUAUUUAUUUAUUUAUUAGCUUCCAACAUUGAAUCUUUUACAAUCAGAUCAAUCAUUAUUAACUACUAAUCAAUGGACACUUCUCACAAAUUUAUUUCAUUGUUAUAAAGAAUCUCAGAUUUUACCAUUUUGUCAACGUUUAAUAGAUACACACGAUGCUUCACAAUCGAAUUAUGUAAUUUACAAAGUACUUUUAGAGGAAUUCUUAGUAUCUCUUUACGAAACAGCAGGAUUAUACCUUCGUUCCAAUGAUGAUUUUCGUAAACUAUCAUCGGAUGAUCGUUCCAUAAUACUUCGUAAUGCUGCUGACAAUGUGUGCUGCAUAAGUGGUACAUUCGUUAUGCAAUAUUUCUAUUUAUAUGGUCUCGAUGCUUUCUUAAACGCUAUGAGUGUAAAGUAUGGAAAACGUACAAUGGAUAUUCAUGUUUGGGCAAGAAAGUUUAUUGAUCCCGUUAUUGUAUUGGCCAAACUGUCAAUUUCACUGUUUGCUUUCUCUGAAAAUACUUGUAGUUAUUAUUCAAAUAUAUCGAAAGAUUUAACAAAUCCUAUUAAUGUUUUAGAGAUUCAAAAUAAGUAUGCAGAAGUAAUAUGGAAAUAUCUUCUCUACAAAUAUGGUCAUUAUGACGCUGUAAAACGAUAUCUUAAUAUAAUACUUUGGCUUAUUUCUAUGAGUAUGUUAACAUUUCAUGCUCAAACUCUGAAAUCACAUAUUAAUGAUCUUCAUUCAAUUAUUGAACAAACUGAACUAACACUUAUAUUAUAUGAUGUUGAGCAAAUAAUUGAAACAAAUUAG